AUGUCCUCGCCGGGAACCUGCUACUCCGACAGAGCCCCGUCACCCUACCUGGACCGACCCGUCACCCCGAAGCUCAAGAUGGCGAAGGAACCGGUUCCAAUCUCCAAGUAUAGGCCUCGCGGCGUCAUCAAGUACUAUCCCUUUGAGAACGUAGACGAAAUGACCCGUCACGAGGUCCACCGGUUCCGCGUCACGCCUUUUGGAAGGAUCCAGGAGUCCUGCGCCCAUAUUCCCUACAACAGCGGGAAGAAGGACUUUUUUGAAAAGACGGGCCGGGAGAGCUUUGAAGUAUUCAAGUAUGAGUUCAAGAACCCGGGCGAUGACAACGAGUACACCGUCAUGUGGGAUUACAACGUCGGGCUCGUCCGUAUGACUCCGUUUUUCAAGUGCUGCAAGUAUUCCAAGACGGUGCCAGCGAAGAUGUUGAGCUUGAACCCGGGCUUGAAAGACAUCACUCACAGUAUCACGGGGGGCGCAAUAGCAGCUCAAGGAUAUUGGAUGCCGUACGAAUGUGCCAAGGCGGUAUGCGCCACUUUCUGCUAUAACAUUGCCGGGGCCCUCAUCCCGAUCUUUGGGCCGUCGUUCCCGGCCUUGUGUGUUCCUCCAGGCUCUCCAGACUACCAGCGCAUGGUGAUCGAUCACCGCAUCGUCGAAGACGCCGUCAGAGACGCCGAUCUCUCACGAAAGGUCCAACAGCAUGCUCUGCCACCCAUCGACCUUGGUCUCGUUCCCAGCAUUGGACGCCGGCCCACGCGUCACAUUCGGGAUGACAGGAGGCUGCGACUCAACACUCGGCUGAUGAGCCCAUACAGCGACACUGACGUGGAGAGCCACCGCUCAUGCCCCGACUCCGCCUCAAGCAACGGCUCGGACAGCGUCGGCUACAGCUACGGAUACAUCCCGGCUCCACCACGACACUCCCAACCGCCGCCGACCUCUGGCUGGACAGCCGCAAAUCGACCGCCGCAGCCGUACCGCCUCGUCGGCGAAAGCUACCGCCCAGCCGAUCCGCACCUCAGCGCCGUCCCCCGUUGGACCCCGGUGAACAGACACGCCGUCACACCUCCUCGACCAGUCUGGGCGCAGAAGCGCCCCGUUGACGACGACGAACAUGACAAGACUAGCUGUGACACCGGGGGAAGUUCGCACGAUAGCAGCUCCACCCUGAGCUGCGUACCAGAGCUGCGGCGGGAGGACGAGUCCGACGCCGAGCUGGCCGAGCAGAACGCCGCGCUCAGCCUCGUGACGCUCAAGACGGCGCCCCGUAAGGAGGCUGGAUACAUCAGCGACGUGGACAGCCCCGACUCGCACCGCAGCAAGCGGCGGAGGGCCACGUCUGCGUGA